CUUCCCCUCAUCGCGAUGGAGCAAGCCCAGCCGUCCCCGAUCCUCAUCCUGGACAAUGGCGCCCACACUAUCAAGGCCGCAUGGGCUCAACCUGGCGCAGGGCCGUCUGCCACACCGCCUGUCGUACAGGUCUACCGCAACACGAUCGCGCGCAGCAAGACGGCGAAGCGCAGCUUUGUCGGCGACGAGCUCACGGACGAGUGCGACGACUUUGGCGGGUUGACCUUUCGCGUCCCGAUGGAGAGGGGAAUCCUCAACAACUGGGAGGUCGAGAAGACCGUGUGGGACCGUGUCUUUGGACACCGAGGGCGAGGCUUGCAGAUCUCGCCGCAAGAGACCAACUUGCUCGUCACCGAGCCCAUGUUCAACCUGCCCAACGUCCAGGAGCACUACGACCAGAUGAUCUUCGAGGACUACGACUUUUCGAGCUACCUUCGGUGUCCUGCACCCGCCCUCAUCCCGUAUGGCGCCGACGCACGAGGAGACCCGCACUACCCUACGCCGCCCCCAGAAUGCGUCCUCGUCGUCGACGCCGGCUUCAGCUUCACGCACGUUGUGCCCGUCUUGCGAGGAGCGAUCGUCAGCCACGCUGCUCGUCGGAUCGACGUCGGCGGCAAGCUCCUGACCAACUACUUGAAGGAAAUCGUCUCGUACCGCCACUGGUACAUGAUGGACCAGACCGCCGUCAUGGAGUACGCCAAGGAGCAGACGUGUUACGUGUCGACGCAGUGGGACCACGACUGGGAGGCGGCAAACCGGCCGACAAACCCGAUCGUGCGCACCUUUGUCCUGCCCGACUUUACGCCCGGCUCGAAGAACAAGCUCGGCUACCCUGCGCCUGUGCCCGAGAAGGAAGAGGAGCAGCUGCUCCACCUGUGCAACGAGCGCUUCACGGUCCCUGAGGUGCUCUUCAACCCGACGACGAUCGACCUCAACCAGGCUGGACUCGCCGAGACGGUCGCGCUCGCCAUUGCCGCCCUGCCGCAGGAGGUCCAGGGCAUGUUCUGGGCCAACAUCGUCCUCGUCGGCGGCAGCGCACAGUUUCCUGGCUUUGCCGAGCGGCUGUGCAGCGACUUGCGCUCGUUCGCGCCGACCGAGUUCGACAUCCGGGUCACGCUCUCCUCCUCUCCGACCACCUCUGCCGCAGCCUCUGCCGCCGCGCACCUGUCGGCGCCCGCCCCGUCGCACUUCUCGCCGCCGCUCCAGCCCAACGCGUUCGUCACGCGGCAAGAGUACCAGGAGGGCGGCAGCAACGCGUGCAGGAGAAAGUUUGGCGUGUUCUACACCAAGGGCGGCGAGGACGAGGUGAGGAGGAAGGCGUUGUCGCCAGGGUGGCCGUAGCUGGGCGAGGGCGAGGGGCUCGAUGCAUUGAGACGAGGGUCUCGUGCA